GGUUGCCUGCUGUGUCCAGUAUGACUAAGGCGAAUUAUUAUAACUGCGUCGAGGAAGCCGGGGAAACCAGGACAGCCCAUGCAAAAGGAGGCAGGAGGCAUGCAUUAACUCCUCCCCUCACUCUGCGAUCUGUUACCUCCUCCCCCCUCUUCGGAGCCAGCAGCAGCAGCAGCAGCAACACAGGAGGAGCUGCCGUACCUCGUCUUCUUUCACGGAGGAGAUCCCGACAGCCGGAGUAAUAGCUAAACCCCACACAGCCAUGGCAGAAAACGCCGGCUUGGAAAACCACCGCAUCAAGAGCUUUAAAAACAAGGGACGCGAUGUCGAGACUAUGAGAAGACAUCGAAAUGAGGUGACGGUCGAGCUGAGAAAGAACAAACGAGACGAACAUCUACUGAAGAAGAGAAAUGUCCCGCAGGAGGAGAGUCUGGAGGACUCUGAUGUCGACUCAGACUUCAAAGGACAAAAUGUUACGCUUGAUGCCAUCCUACAGAAUGCUACGAGUGAUAACGCCGUAAUCCAGCUCAGUGCUGUACAGGCAGCCAGAAAACUGCUUUCGAGUGACAGAAACCCUCCGAUCGACGACUUGAUAAAGUCUGGCAUCCUGCCUAUUUUAGUCAAUUGCCUGGAAAGGGACGACAACCCCUCUCUUCAGUUCGAGGCAGCUUGGGCUCUGACCAACAUUGCCUCUGGGACGUCAGCACAGACUCAGGCUGUGGUUAAAUCCAAUGCAGUGCCACUGUUCCUGCGACUGCUGCACUCUCCCCAUCAGAACGUCUGUGAACAGGCUGUAUGGGCUUUGGGAAACAUUAUAGGUGAUGGUCCACAGUGCAGGGACUAUGUCAUCUCCCUGGGCGUGGUCAAGCCACUGCUGUCUUUCAUAAACCCAUCGAUCCCCAUCACCUUCCUCCGUAAUGUCACCUGGGUCAUCGUUAACCUCUGCCGCAACAAGGAUCCACCACCGCCCAUGGAGACUGUGCAAGAGAUAUUGCCAGCCCUCUGUGUGCUAAUAUAUCACACCGAUAUAAAUAUCCUAGUAGACACAGUGUGGGCUCUGUCAUAUCUGACGGACGGCGGCAACGAGCAGAUUCAAAUGGUCAUUGAUUCUGGAGUCGUUCCAUUUCUUGUGCCUCUCCUCAGCCACCAGGAGGUCAAAGUUCAGACAGCGGCUCUGAGGGCAGUGGGUAACAUCGUGACAGGGACAGAUGAGCAGACACAGGUCGUGCUCAACUGUGAUGUCCUCUCACACUUCCCCAACCUGCUCACACACCCUAAAGAGAAGAUCAACAAGGAAGCAGUCUGGUUCCUGUCCAACAUUACAGCUGGGAAUCAGCAGCAGGUCCAAGCUGUGAUCGACGCUGGACUCAUUCCAAUGAUUAUUCACCAACUGGCUAAGGGCGACUUUGGCACUCAGAAGGAGGCAGCAUGGGCCAUCAGCAACCUCACCAUCAGUGGGAGAAAAGACCAGGUGGAGUUCCUGGUUGAGCAGAAUGUCACCCCUCCGUUCUGUAACCUGCUGUCAGUGAAGGACUCACAGGUGGUGCAGGUUGUCCUGGACGGCCUGAAGAACAUCCUCAUCAUGGCAGGAGAUGAGGCCAGCACUAUCGCCGAGAUCAUAGAGGAGUGUGGAGGUUUGGAGAAGAUAGAAAACCUACAGCAGCAUGAGAAUGAGGAUAUCUACAAACUAGCAUUUGAGAUUAUUGAUCAGUACUUUUCAGGAGAUGAUAUCGAUGAAGAUCCCAGCUUGAUCCCCGACACCACUCAAGGAGGGACAUUCAACUUCGAUCCAGCUUCCAACAUGCAAACAAAAGAGUUUAAUUUCUAAAAAGCCAGGAUGUUUGCUUCAACCAGCUGCACGGGUACUCUGUAAUCACCCAGACAUUCAUCCAUCUCUCCUCCAACCUGGCAACCUGGUACAGAAGGAUUUACAAAGCAUCACUUCUACAAAGAAACUCAUCACUGAAGGAUUUACCUGCCCCAACCUCUGCACUGCGGGGUGUUAUAUAUUUUUUUUGUUUGAUUUUUUUUUGUCCUCCAUCCUUCACUGAACACAACAAAACCUUCAUAGGAGUCCUGGUCAUCCAAUCAAGCACCGUCAACAUCUGGCAACCUGCAUCCAGAAGGUUGUCGGCAUUCGCUGCCAGAGCUUCGAAAAUAUCACACAAGAAUAAAAACCAGAAGGAAGAAAAAGCCUUCAUGGCAAGAUGUUAUUGCCAAAUGUCAAAUCUUCAUAGAGACAAAAACACAAGCACAUUUUCAGACACAAACACACACACACACACACACAUGUACACACAUGUACACACAUGUACACACAUGUACACACGUUUUGACACUUAGAAUUUGUGUGCAUACUUCUGUUAGAAGUCAUCAUAUCACUUAUGGGGAAGAAAUACUGCUGUUUGUUUGUGGUUUAUUUUUGUGCUUUCCCUCCCCUGGAUUGUCCUCUGGUGUAAACUUCACAUACGCACGCACACUGACAUACAACUGCACACACAUCGACACACUUUAGUCACACAGGAACCCGAGGUCGGGCACCCCCCCCACCCCACCCAAUAACCCUCUCCCACCCAGUUUAAAGAGUUAAUCCCAGAGCUAAGCCAUGAUUAACCACGGACCCCCCGCUGCCCCUCCAGGAGCAUCCUGGGGCAGGUGGAAGGGCGAAAGGGCUCUAAGGCGAAAAGAGGACUCCGUGGCAAACUGACUGACGGGACUUCUGACUCGAUGACGUCACUUUUUUGAACGUGACCUCUGUUGAAUUAUCAAACUUGUUGAAAAGAAAAAAAAAUCAUCAAAAAUGUGAAGAAAAUGCCAUAAUUCUUUUUUUUUUUUCCAAUUCAUGCAACUGUAAGACCUGCUUACUGGCGCGCUUCUGAUCGAGCAGAGCGACUAAAGUUUUUUUUUUAAUGGAUGUGGUCACCUGUCAUGGGAGGAAGCACCUUUUAGGUGAAGGGCGCAGAGACUUACUAGAAGAGGAACAUGUCGGCUGUAGCGUUUUUAUCCCCCAACAGGACAUCCAUUUCUGCAGCAUGAGCUCGGUCACACCAUGUGAUCCAGUGACCUGUCUGCUCUGGACUCCCCUGUAAUGUGAAACUUGGAAGAGAGGGGGGGGGUUUAAGUUAGAUUAAAAAAAAGAAAAAAAACAAGUGGAGCUAAGAUGGACCUGAAUGGUUUAUCAGACCUUGUUUUAAUUAUUUUAAAUUCUAUCUUUAAACAAAUAUUUUAGGUUCAUGUUUCAGCUUUUCCUGGUUGAGUCUGUGGAGCUUCCAUUUGUCUGUUUUCCUUUUAUUUCUUUUUUUUUUUUCUUCAGUCUUAUGCACACGUCUGAGAGGCAUAUCGAUGUCUGCCUGCAGAAAGGGACCUAUACUCCUCGAAGACUAGACUUAUAUAAUGAGUACAGGUCCAGACCUUUACAGUACUUAACUACUUUUGAUGAAGAGGUCACAUGUCAUCACUCGAUUUGAAUAAUUGUACAAAACAAUGUGAUGUGUAUCUCUCCUUUGCCGUCUAAUGAAUAUAUGAAUAUAUUUACAUAAAGCCUGUACAAGCUGCUGCAGCUGACAGUCAUUGGAUGGACGAUUAACCUUACUGUCAAAGAUGGCUGGGGAGGGUGUUUUUUUUCUUUUCUUUAUGAAGCAAUAUUUCUUUGUUUCAUUGUUUUUAUUUUUGACUUGCAUAUGUAUUGUGAUGACAUGCUGAUGAAUUGGAACAGGCUGUUUAUCUCUCUCUCACUCUCUCAAUCUCUCUCUCUCUCUCUCUCUCUCUCUCUCUUUCUCUUUCUCUCUCUCUCUCUCUCUCCUUUCUCUCUUUCUCUCUCUCUUUCUCUCUCUCUCUUCCCCCCCCUCCCUAUCUCUCUCUCUCUCUCUCUCUCUCUAUCUCUCUCUCUCUCUCUCUCUCUCUCUCUCUCCCCCCCUAUCUAUCUAUUCCCCCCCCCCCCCCCCCCCCCCUCUCUCUCUCUCUCUCUCUCUCUCUCUCUCUCUUCCCCUUCGUAGUGGUGACGGGCUGUUUAAAAAUGUGCCGUCCCAUGUCCCAGUCGGUGUGUGGGUGCAGGUUCAGGGUGUCAUCGAAAACAUCUGAAACUGACCCCCAGCCCUGGUCUCGAAGACUUUUAUGAUCCUCUGGUUGGCUGCUAACUACUGAGAGGGGGUCAGAGCGACGGGUGGGGGGGGGGGGGGUGUGGUGAGGAAUGGGGAGGGGAGGGGGGGGGUCACACUUUGGGGUUUUAAAUAUUGGGUGGGGUUGUUUGAGCAGCCCAGGCUUGUUUUUGGGACUAGCUGUUUAUUACUGAACAAAACUAUAGAGAGGGUGUACAGUCAUGAACUAGCAGACUAGACCGAGCCACUUUAAAGAUUUACAAUUUUGUUGCCUUGUAUCCGCAUUGGAUACAAGCUUAUGUUUGUUGCAAGAUUUUUACUUGCUAAUGAAAAGUUGUUUUAAAUAAAAAUAAUAGGAGAAAAGCAACAGACAGCGUUUUGGCCUCUGAUUGUUUAUAUCUUUUUAUAAAUUUUAGAUUGAAUUCCUCUCUUUAAGGUGGCUCAUUGAUGCUUUCAACUCUUGUGCAUAUUAAAGACAAGAAUGAGUUGAAAAUCAUUGUGCCUUUUGUUUUUCAUUUCAACUAAAACUACGUUUUAUUGAAUAGAGUAAAGAUUCUUUGAGCAACUGGAGAAGUUAGAAACAGGAGAUGUGGCUGCAGGAUGAAAUGUGCUCUCCCUGUUGUUGGAGUUUGCCAUGGGAAUGGUCAAUGCUGCUCUCUGCUGUUGAGAGCGACUGCUCCUCUCCAAUCGUAUUCACUGAACAUUGUAACACAUCAUUUCUCUCCUCCUCAUUACCCCCCAUCCCCUCCCCCGCAACACCACCAACCAUCAUUGCCAUAUUUCAGUCAGGGGAUUUUUGAUAUCAUCUCCCCUCAUCUCACCCUCAGGACAUGAUCUGUGUUUCUGAUCCUAACCAAAAUAAACUUGCUGUUUAGCCGUUGGAUCCUC